AAUAGUAUAUCGUCUAUAGUUGUCACCGCCGAAGAGAACCUGCCAACUCAGCUGUUGUAUUUUGUGUUUUAUGAUGGAUUGCUUGACUGGACUUUAUUAACCGUCAAAAUGAGAAAAAGCGUCUCACUGCCGUCUGGGGAUUUGUGUCAUAUGUAAUGGAUGACCUCAUUUUGAUAGAAGGUGUGAAGUAGAUUUUCUUACCAAGGACGCCGUUUCAAAAUUGAUAGAUGUACAAUAACUGGCUUUAAACCAUUAGUAACUCACACUACAUAAAACGACAUAGAAAUCAAAAUGGCAGAUGACGGAAAAGCUUCAAGGAUGUUGGAUGCAUUGCAAAAUGACCUUAAAGCAUUAUGCAUGGAAACAAAAAAGAAGUAUCCCCACAUUAAAGAUUCAUGUGAAGAAGCCAUCAUAAAAGUACGUGGUGCAGCCGCAAAUCCACAGUCAACUUUGGCUCAGAUCACAACCCAGAUCCUGUAUCCCUUGGUCCAAGCAGCUGAGACCAAGGACCCCAAAAUUGUCAAGUUAUCCAUUGGAUUAAUGCAGCGGUUAAUUGUGGCUGAUGUUGUGGAUGCUGGAAGUGGAGAGCACAUUGUUGAAACACUGUGGAUGCUAAUGGAAAAUGGCAUAGAAGAACUGAAAGUGCUACAAUCAGUCACGCUUCUCUUGACAACCAGCUCUGUGAUUCAGGGACCAAAUUUAGCUAAGGCCCUUGUGUUGUGUUUUCGUCUGCAUUUCACAAAGGAUGCUACUGUUGUUAACACUGCCAGUGCUACUGUUCGACAGCUUGUGAGUGUUGUGUUUGAGAGAGUUCUUGCAGAAGAUUCGAAGCAUACAAAGGAAGACAGAACUGGAGAGGAUGAGACUGACGAACAGAUGAACAUGGAGGAACUAAAGGUUCUGAGUGCCAGCCCACCAAAAACUCUCCGACCAGCAGCGGCUGAUGCUUAUCUUAUGUUCCAGGAUUUGGUGCAGUUGGUGAAUGCAGACCAACCAUUGUGGCUUCUAGGCCUUACAGAAAUGACACGAACAUUUGGGUUAGAGCUUUUGGAAUCCGUCCUGACAACUUUUCCUUCGGUUUUUUACAAUCCAGGGCUGAUGGAGUGUCUGAAGUUGAUUGCCAUGGAACUCCUUGAGUCCAUCCUGACUAUGUUUUCAACACUGUUUUAUGAUCAUCCUGAGUUCAACUUUUUGCUGAAGGAACGUGUGUGCGCGUUGGUGAUAAAGCUGUUCUCUCCAAACAUAAAGUACCGAGCUUCAGUACCAGCAAGUGUGCAGCAAGCAACUCCUUUAGACAAACCAUAUUUCCCUAUAGCUAUGAGACUUCUCAGGGUUGUCUCUGUGUUAAUACAGAAGUACUAUCCAUUACUAGUUACUCAGUGUGAAAUCUUCCUUUCUUUGAUGGUAAAAUUUUUGGACGGGGACCGACCAAUGUGGCAGAGAGGUUUAGCGCUAGAAGUCUUGCACAAAUUGGCCAUCCAGCCCAAUCUUUUGCAGUCAUUUUGCACGAAUUAUGAUAUGAAACCUCAUGCAACAAAAAUAUUUCAGGAUAUAGUGAACAGCAUGGGGGCAUUUGUACAGUCUCUAUUCAUCUCUCCACAAUCAAGUAUGGCUUCUCAGCUGGCUGGGGGUGGCCAAGGAAGCUCUCAGGGCCAGUCCCCUGCCUUACUUGCUGGUAUGCCAGUGGGUCCAGGUGUGUCACCACAGCCUGCAUUCUUCUACAGGGGUGUUUAUUUGCCCCUUUGUGUUAACAUCCCUACAGGACAGGCCAAAUCAUUAUACUUGGAGAUGCUGGAUAAAUUGGAGCCACCAACCAUUCCAGAAGGAUAUGGUGUAAGUGUUGCAUACUAUUGUCUCCUUGAUAUUGUACGCUCAAUUCACCUGGUUAUGAUGGGUCCUCAUGCUACUAAUGAAGGACUAGGAGGUGCAAGUGAUCAUUAUAAACCUAACGAAGAAGAACGUAAAAUUCAUGAACAGCUUGUGAAUUCUGCAUGGUGUGGUCUUCUUGCCGCUCUUACAGUUUUACUUGAAGCAUGUACAGAUGAAGCUGCAACAGAAAAUGUCCUAAAGGCAAUACAGACAUUUGCAAGUUUAGCAGGUAAAUUAGACCUAACAACUCCCCGUGAUGCAUUUAUUACUGCUCUCUGCAAAUCCUGCCUUCCUCCUCAUUACACAUUAACUGUGCUCAACAAUGCAAGUGUAGCAGCAGCUGCUUCAUCAUCUUCAAUGACCAGAGGUCACCAGAGGUCUCCUAGUACGGAAUCGCAACACCAGUAUUAUGAUUCUGAGGUACGACAUCAAGUUGUAGCAGUGGGAACAGCGCUGGCAACUCCAUCCCUUCCAGUGGGUGCCCAGCAAGGUCCUGUAAUGCUGACUAAUAAAAACUUGCAGUGCAUGCGGGCUACUCUCUCCAUGGCACAUUGCCAUGGUGGGGUGCUGGGAGCUGCCUGGCAUCUUCUCUUGACAACAUUACAGCAUCUUGUAUGGAUACUUGGGCUUAAACCAUCAACAGGAGGUAGUCUAAAGGCUGGUAGAAGCACUGCUGAAACCAAUGCAGUUAUUACGACAGCUGUGAUAGCAGACUUGCCUGUUUUGUCAUCCAUGUUGAGUCGAUUAUUCGAAUCAUCUCAGCAUCUUGAUGAUGUUGCUCUUCAUCAUCUUAUUGAUGCUCUCUGUCAGUUAUCAAGAGAGUCUAUGGAACUUGCAUAUACGAAUAGAGAGCCAUCACUUUUUGCUGUGGCUAAGCUUCUUGAAACUGGUGUAGUGAAUCUUGGUCGAGUUGAAGUCCUUUGGAGGCCAGUUACAAAUCAUCUCCUGGAUGUCUGCCAGCAUCCCCAUGUGCGGAUGCGAGAGUGGGGUGUUGAAGCUGUAACAUUUGUGAAGGCAGCUCUUACACACAAGCAUAAUCCUCCUCUGAAAGACAAUCAGAAACUGCAAACACUGUUAUUGUCACCACUGUCUGAAGUGUCGCUUGUUGGGCAUCCAGAUGUUCGUCAGAAGCAGCUUGAGUCGCUCUUGCAUAUUUUACAUUCUUGUGGUGAACUUUUACAUCAUGGCUGGCCUCUAAUACUUAACAUUAUUGGGGCUAUUAAUGACAAUCAUAGUGAACAUCUAGUUCGACUUGCAUUCCAGUGUCUACAGUUAGUAGUGACAGACUUUUUACCCCUAAUGCCUUGGGCUUGUUUGCCACUGACUGUAGAUACAGCAGCUAAAUUUGGUUCCCAGACACAAGAGCUUAAUAUUUCACUCACUGCUAUUGGUCUUAUGUGGAAUAUUUCAGAUUACUUUUACCAAAAUCAAGAAAAACUGCGUGCUUCGUUGACGUCAGAUAAUCAAGUCUUUCCUGAUUUUCCUGGUGUACCAAAUAUGCCUCCAUUUGAUAAGUUAUGGAUGUGCCUUUAUGCUAGGUUAGGAGAUCUUUGUGUAGAUUCUAGGCCUGCAGUUCGUAAGUCUGCUGGUCAGACAUUAUUCUCAACAAUUGCAGCACAUGGUGCAUUGCUCCACAACCAAACAUGGCAAGCGGUUCUCUGGCAGGUUCUCUUCCCUUUGCUUGACAAAGUUCGACAGCUCUCAGACUCGGCAAGUACUGAUAAAGUUGAUCAAGGUGGUAACAUCUUAAUUCACCAUUCACGCAAUACUCAGCAGAAGCAAUGGGCAGAAACCCAGGUGUUAACCUUGUCAGGUGUAGCUAGAGUAUUCAGCACCAAGCAGAAGAUUCUUCAAGGACUUGGUGAUUUUCCUCGAGCGUGGGCAUUGUUACUGGAUUUCAUUCACACAGCAGCACUCUCCAAGAGUAAUGAAGUAUCUUUAGCUGCACUGAAAUCUCUCCAAGAAAUGCUUCAAGCUGGGAGGUCAUCAUCAGCAAUGCCCUCCAAUUAUGCUGAUGAUUCAGAUGCCAAGAGCAGUGGACCACAUCCAAUUGCAGAAGAUUCUAUAGCCAACUGGAAUACUGCUUGGAAGGUUUGGCAUACAAUUGGUACAGAGGUAACAAAACCUCCUCCAGAUGAAGUAACGAGGGGUUCUGAUGCAUACAUUCCAUCCCAGCCAUUUCUCACUGCUUUGGUUCAUAUAUUUCCUCACUUAUUUCAACAUAUCAAACCUAGAUUUGUGGUCAGUGACUUUAGUCGUUUAGCUUCAGUGUUAUCUGGCUGUGUUUCUGUUCCUGUCCAUGGUGACUCUUCUCCAUUCAUACUUCCAUCAUUUACAGAAGUUGUUGUUACACCUUUACAAGAGGGUGUUUUACAAGCUUUGGCAGCUGUGGAAAAAGAGGUUACAGAAGGUAAUGGUGCCACAAAAGCAAUGGUACCACAGUUAUUUACCCUCCUCCUACAGUUUUCAUCAUACAGUUGUCAAGCUCCUCAUUAUGGCAAUGUUAUCACAAGACCUCAUACCACCAAAGGAUCAACUGACUGGGUGACUAUGAACUUCGUACCAUUUGCAGAGAAAUCAUUGUCAAUGGUUGUCUCUCUCUACCAGACAACAUCGUCUUGGCAGGAAGUUAUAGAAGCUCAAGUCUUGAAAAAUAUCAUUCAGGGUUUGAUAGUCCCACUCCGUAUGAAGUACAGAUGCCCUGCUCAGACUACCUGGAAGUUAGCCAUUACUACAUUGUUGACUGUUCUACAAGAAGGCUUACAGUUAGCAAGAGAACACCCUACUCAUUUCCGAGAAAUGUGGCCAGUCCUAGGGACAGCAUUAGAUAGCUUUCUAUUUUCAAAUAGCCCUCCACCUGCAAAUCAGAGUAGUGAAGAUGCCGAAAGAGAUGAAAGUAUAGACUGCCAAGUUGUUGAACUCAUACGAGAAGAGAUAUUACCAUAUGCAUCUUCUACACCCAGUGAUUUCAUAGUGUCAAUUAUGGUGCUUCUCAACAAAGGAUCAAUAGAGUCUGCAUCAGGCACUGACUCUGAAUGUGAUGGCUUCAAGCUGAGGGAAGAAUUUGCCAAAACUUGCUUUGAAACACUUUUACAGUUCUCUCUCCUAACUCCAACAGAUUUUGAUGUAAAACUUGAUAACUCAGGUAAUGCAGGAAGCAGUAAAACUAUGGAAUCCAGCAAUGGCAACAUGUCACAGAGUAUUAAAGGUUGUUUAGGAGCUGAUGACAGCACUCAAAUAACAACCAAAUUAGCUGUGACUUCCUUGCUUCACCGUUUCCGUGAAGUUCUUGUUAGAUAUGUGGAAGAUGAGAAACUGAGUGGAAAAUGCCCUUUGCCAAGACACCGAAUAGCUGAAAUAAGCUUUGUCCUGAAAGCAAUUGCAACAUUAUUAUCCUCUUUAAAGAAAGCACCGGUAGAGAAAGUGGACAGCAUGACUUGGGCUCAGCUUAUUGGUCUCUAUCCUCAUCUUGUGGAAGUCGGAGGAUCAAGUAAUAGUGGUACCCCUCAGCUUUGGCGCUCACUCAGGGAAGUUCUCCUGCAGUAUGCUCAGUUGCUGCAUGCUCCUACCACUUCUUCAUCCGCAGAUUCUAAUGACAACACACACGGUGUGAUUAAUGGGACUUAAGAAAAUUAUGUGAUUAAACUCACCGGUGGUAUAAUUUUAAGACUUCAAUACUAAUGAAGUGAGAAAAAGUAUAUUUUCCAUCAGUUUAUUACUAAAUCAUUGUGACAGUGAGUAGUGUUCAUGGGAUGAUACAAAAAUAGUCAUAGAUUCUGAUUUACAGAUUUUAUGAUGGAAGUGAGUGAUUUAUUUAUUUUGAUAUUGAGAGAAUGAUGUGCAAGUGAAAGGCAUGUUAGAUCUACAAGCUUCACCAGUGAUGUAAGUACUUCUGCAGGGUAUGUACUAUGGCCAAAUACAAAAACAAAAAAAUGCAACUGUGCAACCUAUUGACAUUUUAUAUAUCUGUAAUCAAAGAACCAAACACUAAAUUUUGCAUUUGAUAAGCUAACAUACCAAAUAUCUAGUUAACCUUUGUUGAUCAUUUUGUAAACAGUGUUUUCUCUUGAAAAGUGAGUGAACCUUUUCAUAUCCAAAUAUGGAGAUCUGCAAUAAAAACUUGAUAUGCCUUAGAAUUUGUUAAGCCAUGUUUGUUUAAUACAAACAGUCUUGCUUGUUUUUUGUAUUUGUAGACUUUAAAUAGUAAGCAUCUGUCCCUAGAUUCCCUAGGACUUGGUCUUGCAAUCUGUAUGCAUAACAUGUUUCUGAUGUCAAGGGUUAUCAGAAGUUUUUUUGUAUAGAGAUGAAUUUGAUUUUGUUUUGGAGUAUAUUUUUUUUUAUCUGAUUGAUAUAAACCGUAAUCUCUGUAAUCUCUUGCAGUUUAUACCCAUGACUUCUCUUUACUAUAUUUCAUGGCAAAUAUAUAUUUUUGUGCUCAUUUUUGCAAUGUCAGGAUAUGUUUGUUUUACAGAAUGACUUUACCUUAGUUGAUGUUAUUCUUGGCACUUUUUGGGAGUGUUUAGCUUCGUUAGAAUGUUCAGUAUUGGUGAUGGGGUUAAUUGAAGCUUACUUGGUAGGGUUUAUUCAUUCAAAACAUUUUCCUCUUCAUACAUCUAAGAAUCAUGUUUCAUUGGAUUGUAUCAUUUUGCCAUUGUUUGCCAAUAUUGGUGGCAGUGAUACCAGAAAUUGCCAUGAAUUAUAGUACAACAUAAUGAGUAAUGUAGCACCAAGUAGUCACAAGGUAACUUUUCAUGUUAUUUUAGAGAACUGCACUAACUUUAGUGUUGAAAUAUGUGUACCUGUUCCAUAUUUGCAAAUCGAUGAUUUGACUUUUUGCCAUGUAAUUGCAAUAACUUGAACUUCCUCAUCUUGAAAUUGAGAUUUCUGAACCAAAUGUCAUCCAGUGUAUGAUUUGAAAAGGACUUCUGUCAUAACAGAAUUUUUUUUUUUUAUUUCUAGUUAUUUAGUACGUACGUCAAUAUUUUAUGACAGUAAUUUGGAUGAUAAACACUUAAUAUCAAAAGGCAGUCUCCAUGAGUACAGCAUGAGUAUAAAGGAAACUUGUUGGAUUUUGCAUAUCAUUCAUUCAGGUUAUUGCAAUGAUAGUGCACCAUAAUUUUAUUAGUUAUUUUAUUUAUUUUGUAAACCUCCUUGUCCCAUGUUUAUAAGGAUAUUAUCUUUGUGUAAAGAUGUCUACUGUAUAUUGUUAUAACCACUGUAAGUGGAUGUUAAAGUUUAUUUUCUUUUCAUUUUUGUUAUUUGUUUCUAUUUUUCUCCUAUCCUUUCCUAUUUACUCAUUUUUCAUGGCCAUUUACAUUUGCCAUUUCAGAACAAUAGAUAUUAUCUUCUUACUGUAACUGAGGUACAGAAUUAACUUGAGAGUUUUCUCAAGCCAAAUGAAACAAAAAUUGCAGGGGUACUGUCUACAUUUUGGUAGUUUUAAUACAUACAGUACUGUAUAUUAUAUUAUUAUCUCAGAGGAAUUUCUAUCACACUGCUUUCACAACCAGUGGUCUAAUUGAACAGCUCAUCUUAUCAGUAGUGAAUAGAGGAGUAAGAAACUGUAUUACUUGGAAAUGAAGAUAGAAGAUUGUUGACAUUUCAAAAUUUCGGUGCAUUAGUUAUGAGGCUUGUGUAAUUUUUUGAGAAAUUGUCAGACUGGCAUUACAUCUUGGAAAAUUAUAAUGUUUAUAUGUAUUAUCUACAUUAUUUUAAGUAGCAAGAAUAACAAAUAGUUUACCAGGUCUCCAAUAAAUGAAGGAGAGAGAUGGCAAAGUUAGGGAAUUCAAAUUAGUAUUUCCAGUUGAGAGUUCUUUUAUAGAUUUGACAGUUAAGGUCAUCGAUAGUGAGUCCUUAGCAUAUGGUUAACCUACUGUUUAUGGCUGAUUGCAAUUUAAUACCAUAUCAGCAACCAGUUACCCCAUAGAGGUGAAGCGUGUGGCUCACUUACCCGUGUGAAAACUAUGCUGUAAUAAAAAUUUAAUGUUAAUGCUUCAGAAAUACUGGAGUAUAAAAAAAACUUUCCAUACAAAAGCAUGAUUGACAAGAGUAUCAUUCAUGAAGUAAUGUCAUCAGGAUAUGAAUGCUGACAAUAUAAGGCAGUUUCCCUCAAAAUGUAAAUCAAUAUUGCCAUUAUUUCUUUACAAAUAUUUAGGUCUUUUGGCCCCCACCAAUAUUUCCUGCACACUGUACUUUAGGUCUCUUAUCAUGUAUUUGGUGCUUGUCAUUGGUUGUCUCAGUAAGGGAGGAAAGAUAAAAUCUAUUGUCAAUAGCAGAAAGAAAUAAAGUUUGUAUCAUAUCAUUUGCUUUUGGGAACUGCAGCCUGUCUUUGGGACUAACACCAGAUGAUAUUUUAGUUUUCUUUCUGCUAACAUAAGUCGAUUGUUUUUGAGUAUCCACAUUAGAUUCUAUUUGAUAUUUGAUAGGCCCCUUUAUAAAUAGUACUUUAGUCAUUGCCACUGUUGUAUUGUGGUGUUCUUUUGGACAUAAAUUUAUUCUUUUGUAGGAGGUAUAUUAUAGAAUAUUGUUGAUUAUGUACUAUGCAGUCAAUACUGAUUGAAAAAUAUAGUUGAGUUCAUUCAUUAAAAAGAAUGUACAGAUUAAAGCAGCAUGUUUGUUUUGAUCUUGUGUGAUUGUAUUAAUGAAAAUCAGGGUGAAACUUAGCUUUGUAGAUAAUUAUUUUAAUAAUAGUUUGAGCAUUACAAAGUAGUGCCUUGUUUCUGAUGGAUACUAAAUUCAGCUCUAAGGUGAGAUUAAUUUUUUUAUCAAGGUUCUUUCAAAUACUAUACUAAUUCUCCUUUUAGGAAAUGUCAGCAUUGUGGAAGCAUGGAAUACAGUAAAUGGUAGCUUGAUUAUUGUUACAGUAUCCAAAGGUUAGAAUCCCAGAGAAACUGUUUUUGAAAUGCUUUUUCUUCAUUUUUAUUGUGACAGCUUUACAGCCAAUUUAUAAUUGCAAGAAAUGUCGUUCAGUUUUGAAUGACAGUGAGAAAAAUUUCUUUAUUUUGAAAUUGAGAAAACUAGAUGAAUUGAAAGUGUGAGAAGUGUCUAAUCGAUGGGAGGAUUUUUAAGAUUUUGCUUGAAAUACAAGAUACAUAGCUAAAAGCGUGGUUGUAGCUUAUUGCAGGUUUUGAACUGAUGUAUGGAAGGUAUUAGAAUUGAUCCAGCUUAACUGAUGUGAGGGUCAGAAGUUUAACUGUGUUUUUGUCCUUCAAUUAUGCAGUUUUCUUGUGCAUAAUUGAAAUCAUAGAUUUCAUUUCUGUGCCUAUCUGUAGUAACUUGUAGUAAAUGAAGUUAAUCAAGUAAGAUUAUUCCAGGGGUUUACCAUGCACAAGAGAAAAUGAGGGAAAAUGAUUAAGUAAUCAUCUGAAAUCUCCAGAUUCACUUGUAGCCAGUUCACCGUUCUUUUUAAAUUCUAUUCUCUGAAAUUAAGACAGCAAUCUUUUUUUCGGUAUGUAGUUGAAUUUUAUUUCUAUUUUUAGUUAUAUUUUGGUCAGACUAUAAUAAUAUUAAACUGUAAAUAUAAUUAUACCUAUCCAUUAUUUGCUGUAUAUGAGUUUUUGGUGCAGUGCAGUUAUUAGUUUCAGUUUUAGCUUCAAUAUUCAUCUUAAUGUUUAAAUUUUGGGGGGAUAUAUGAUGUGUUGUCAGCAUUGUUAGAGAUACUUCAACAUUGCAUGAAUAUUUUUUUCCAGGCUGAAGCUUUUUGAUUGUUAGUACACUUUUUUAUACCUAUAUAUUUUUUUUAUGAAAAAAGCUUGUGUCGGAAGUGUAAGUAAAGAAAUUUGAUGUUUCUUGGUAGGCCAGUGAUUGGGUGUAGUUUUUGGUGUUUGAAAUUUGUCCUUUCUCCCCUAAUUAGAUUACUGUACCUGGUACAGUAUUUGGUUUCCUCUGAAAGCUCUAAAAUUGAAUUACAUUCCACUGUGGAAUCUAUUUAGAUUUUGUGUAUACUGUAUCCAUUGUUGCUGAAGUGGGCAUAGUUGUGAUCUGUUUGAUGAAAUUAGCAGUAACUUGUUGGGUGUAAAAAAACUUUGAUUAAUACUGAAUCAAAUGUACGUUUACAAAUGUAAGCAUACAUCUGGGUACAUAUGAAUAAUUAGAUGGUAAAUGAUAAAAGAUUCCCCUGCAGCUUUUUGAGAUAGCUUUCUUUAAAUUGAAAAUCUACACAAGACUUGGAGUUCCAGUAGAAGGUUUUUUCUUAUCUUUUAAUAGUUUUUGCUAUGAUUCCUGAAAUGUAAUGACAUGGUGUGUAGGUUGGAUUUAAUAUUACUAUGCUGUACUUUUUUCCAAAAGAUACAGUACUGCACUUUCUGUAAGGUUAUAACCCUGCAUGGUUUAACUGUCAACUAGUAUAGUAUUGGUAAAGAGACGGUGAGAACUGUAUUGUGACAGAUUUUUAGCUAUGACGGGGGUACAUUAUAUGGAAAUAACAGUGAUUACUAGUUGUGGAAAAUUAAAGAUCUGAGAUGUACAUUUUUUGGCAGUGCUAAUGUUUGUUAUAGUCACUUUUCAACUAAUGAAGUAUUUCAUAAUAAAAGUGAUAUUCCUCAGUUUUUAUUUGCUAAAAUGAAGAUGAUUCACUUAGAAUUCAGCAGUACAGCAUGUUUUUGCUUCCCUUCAAUAAGCAUCCUUGAACCCUAUUCACCUCCUUGGAGACAUCGGAAGAGGUCAUAAGUAAUCCCCAUGAGGCUUCCUUAGUGCAGUUUCUUCCUCAUGUUUUCAGUUUGUGAAAACAAGCUCCUCCCUGUUUACAUGCACAAAAGGUAAUAUGAACUUACCACCUAUCAUAUAAUUUUCUUGAAUAUUUUCCAAUUAACCCAAUGUUGUAAGCAUCUCAGUAUAUAUUUAUUUAACCACAUAAAAACAAAAAUUCAGAAUGAUUGUAUAGUGGGGCUUUUAUCUAUGAAACAAGUUUAUUAAAUGGAAAGGCUGAAGACAUUUAUUUUGCCAUAUGAUGUGUGGGGGGAAACAUGCUUUGUGAUAACAUAGAUUACCGUAAACAAAUUUUCUAAGGUACUACUUCCGCUUAAUACUUUAGCAAGCAAUAUUUUUAGUAGGAGCCACUUGUUGGUUCAGUUGAUGAAAUCUCAGUUGGGUAAACUGCUAUUUUUUCACUAUAAUGUACUAUCUUAAUUUGACACCCACUUCAGGAUACACCGGAUAAGAUUAAAAAUACUUUCAAUAACUUUUAUAAAUGGCUGUUUGGUACAUAUGUUACUUUAGUAUCUUCAAGUAGGACUGUGAAAUUUUAAAGUCUCGAGUAUAGUUUUCUUGCCUUGUCAGUUAGAAAAUUAAUUCUAUAAGGGACUUGGGUGAUAAGCAAAUAUAGGUCAUGGUAGCAUUUUGUAUGGUACAAUUUAACAAGUAGGUAAAUAGAUUCCAAUUUCAUAUAUAACUGAAAAAAAUAAGAGGUUAUUUGCCCAAAAUAAAUUUUCUGAAGUAAGACUUUAUACUUAAGUAUCCUAAUGGAGGUGUCACAAUGUAGCUUUUUAAUUUUGUUACAAGCAAUUUAAGUGUUUCACCAUAUUUAAUCUUAUGUAUCUUUUAUAGUGCACAGAUAGUUUCAUUGUGCAGUUUAAUCCAAAAUCUGUAUGAAAGAAAGGUUGUACACCCUGUUGCAAGAAUUUUGAUUGAAGGUUUGAGUGAAUUUCUUUUUUAUAAUAGAUGAGAUUCAUUAUUUAUGAAGCUGACCUGUGUGACUGCACAGAGUUUCAUAAAUUUAUGUGGUUGUUAAUCUUGUAAAAAAAAUAUGUUUAUGUUGAAA